AUGGAUUCCUCUCCGAUUCUGCGUCAGCAAAGUCAGAACAAAAUCCUGAACAACCAUUCAAGGUAGGCCUACAGAGUAUGAACAAAACUAACGUUAACGUUAGAGUAAAUUGUGCUUUAUGUUGUAGGUCGCUUCUCCCUAAUGAUGCAUGACCACUGUUUAUCAAGUACUGUUGAUAAGUGAACCUGAAUUAAAAACAACACUGUAUACACUGCCUGGAAAGUAUAUGUCUGUCUACAUUGACUGUCUCUCUCCAGUCUAAACAGAAUGAAACUCAACGAACUCAACAGAAUGACAGCAGACCCAAAACCAGGUUCUAAACACCCGUCUGUACCCCACCCUUCCAAACACACCCCUGUACCCCACGGCCACCGUUCCAAACGAGGGACUGAGAACAAGGACCCAGCAGCAGCCUCAGACAAUGACCCCAAGCCCCCUGUAAGACCACUGGGCAUCAGCAGGCUGCCAGUGCUGGCUAAAUCCCUGCCCCUUCAGACGCCUUCUGACUUCACCCAGUCACACAAGAGAUGGGAGGAGAACUCUCUAGCGGUAAGAACUAUAGAUCGAUUCUAAGUAGAUAACCCAAUUAUAUUUCUAUGGUAAUCCCAUCGCUUCAAAUUAAAUGUAUCACUGAUUCUGGGCAUGCGCGAUGGGGAGUCUAUAUUGAAAGUGUUUCUUAAUCCAGGAAUAGGCCUAAUCUUUGUUGAGAAACCGGCCCUGAAAGUAUCUUCCUAGCAUUACUGUCAGUGCUAAGGGAUGUCAUUUAUAUUCUUUGUCCUUAUCUGUUUUCCUAAAGGGUAAAGCAAAGAGGAAGAAGCCGUGCACCAAACCAGUACCUUUCAACUUCACCCAUCCCAGAGCCAACCGAAUGGGGACCGAGAACCAGAGAAGACCGCUGGCUGCUACUUCAAAGGCUGGUGCUCAACUCACCCAACCUGAAAAUACUUUUAGCGCUGCUGCCAGCCCUAAAACAAGACUCACAACGACAGCUAAACUACCCAGUUCCGUCCCAGCAACUCAUAACAAGGCCCAAACAAAGUCAACAGUAGAACUUGCUGCUCGACUCCCAACACUCGCACAACACUUGGCGGCCAGAAAAGAAGGUCCAGGGCUAGCAGGCAUCUUGUCACAUCCCAAUGGAGAAGGACGGAAGACUCAUUGGCCCCAGGCUACCAGUGCUGCCACCUCCAUGUCUUUGUCUCAACAUCCGAAACCAAAGGCACCUACUUCUUCAAACAAUCUAUUUCACGGAUCUGGAUCGGGACAGCUUGGUCUUUCCAGACCUCCCAGUUCAUUUGGUCCUGGCUCAGGUCUGGAGUCCAUUGCUUUCUCAUUUAGCAGUGCCUCCUCCACUACCUCAGCCAAGCCCACUGCCCUCAGUACGGAAGCCUGCAGGGGCCAUUUGGACACACUUAGCAUCAAAGAUCUAUCCGAGCCAGGACAGUUACCAAGUAGCACCGCUGGUGAGUGAAGUUGUAUUUUUAAGUAUGGUAACAGUUCAGAGGUCAUCAUAUAGCUGCAGUGUCAUGGUGUUUGUUCUCUCUCUCUCUCGCUCUCUACUUUAUGUCUAGAUUAUAUAUGUUUUCGUCAUCUUUAGAUUUAUAUUUAGUUUUUGAAAUGAUGUGUUCCAUUGUCCAUUGUGUGUGUGUUCCAGGGCAUGUGGAGGCCUUCACCUCUGACCCCUUUGCCCUGCGUAGUAUCCUGCAGAAUAUCGGAGUCAAUGCUGCUGGGGCUUCAAUGUCUAGCCGUCCCUCUACACAAGCCUAUAACAACAUGGUGAGUUGUCCUAUGGUUCCUUUACACAGCAGACCUGGAACUCUAUUAGAUUGAGAGACACAGGAGAGGAGCGCUUCUUUGGUUUAUAUACUGAAAAAAUAUAUAAACGCAACAUGUAAGGUGUUGGUCCCAUGUUUCAUGAGCUGAAAUAAAAAAAUCCCAGAAUUUUUCCAUAAUCACUAAAAACGUAUUUCUCUCAAAUUUUGUGCACAAAUUUCUUUACAUCCCUGUUAGUUAACAUUUCUCCCUUGCCAAGAUAGUCCAUCCACCUGACAGGUGUGGCAUAUCAAGAAGCUGAAUAAACAGCAUGAUUAUUACACAGGUGCACCUUGUGCUGGGGACAAUAAAAGGCCACUCUAAAAUGUGCAGUUUUGUCUUUUUUUUAUGGGGGGUGGGGGGAAGAAGGAUUACUUUAUACUAUUCCAGGUAUUCCUUAAAGAGGUAGGGUUUCAAGUGUCUCCGGAAGGUGGUCAGUGACUCCGCUGUCCUGGCGUCGUGGGGGAGCUUGUUCCACCAUUGGGGUGCCAGAGCAGUGAAUAGCUUUGACUGGGCUGAGCGGGAACUGUGCUUCCGUAGAGGUAGGGGAGCUAGCAGGCCAGAGGUGGAUGAACGUAGUGCCCUCGUUUGGGUGUAGGGUCUGAUCAGAGCCUGAAGGUAAGGAGGUGCCGUUCCCCUCACAGCUCCGUAGGCAAGCACCAUGGUCUUGUAGUAGAUGCGAGCCUCAACUGGAAGCCAGCGGAGGAGCGGGGUGACAUGAGAGAACUUGGGAAGGUUGAACACCAGACGGGCUGCAGCGUUCUGGAUAAGUUGUAGGGGUUUAAUGGCACAGGCAGGGAGCCCAACAACAGCGAGUUGCAGUAAUCCAGAUGGUAGAUGACAAGUGCCUGGAUUAGGACCUGUGCCGCUUUCUGUUGUAGAGCAUGAACCUGCAGGAUCGGGUCACCGCUUUGAUGUUAGCGGAGAACGACAGGGUGUUGUCCAGGGUCACGCCAAUGUUCUUUGCACUCUGGGAGGAGGACACAACGGAGUUGUCAACCGUGAUGGCGAGAUCAUGGAGCGGGCAGUCCUUCCCUGGGAGGAAGAGCAGCUCCGUCUUGCCGAGGUUCAGCUUGAGGUGGUGAUCCGACAUCCACACUGAUAUGUCUGCCAGACAUGCAGAGAUGCGAUUCACCACCUGGUUAUCAGAAGGGGGAAGGAGAAAAUUAAUUGUGUGUCGUCUGCGUAGCAAUGAUAGGAGAGACCAUGUGAGGAUAUGACAGAGCCAAGUGACUUGGUGUAUAGAGAAAAUAGGAGAGGGCCUAGAACUGAGCCCUGAGGGACACCAGUGGUGAGAGCACGUGGUGCGGAGACAGAUUCUCGCCACGCCACCUGGUAGGAGCGACCUGUCAGGUAGGAAGCAAUCCAAGAGUGAGCAGCGCCGGAGAUGCCCAACUCGGAGAGGGUGGAGAGGAGGAUCUGAUGGUUCACAGUAUCAAAGGCAGCGGAUAGGUCUAGAAGGUUAAGAGCAGAGGAGAGAGAGUUAGCUUUAGCAGUGCAGAGAGCCUCCGUGACACAGAGAAGAACAGUCUCAGUUGAAUGACCAGUCUUGAAAGCUGACUGGUUUGGAUCAAGAAGGUCAUUCUGAGAGAGAUAGCAGGAGAGUUGGCUAGAGACGGCACGCUCGAGUUUUGGAGAGAAAAGAAAGAAGGGAUAGUGGUCUGUAGUUGUUGACAUCGGAGGGAUCGAGUGUAGGUUUUUUGAGGAGGGGUGCAACUCUCACUCUCUUGAAGACGGAAGGGACAUGGCCAGCGGUCAAGGAUGAGUUGAUGAACGAGGUGAGGUAAGGGAGAAGGUCUCCGGAAAUGGUCUGGAGAAGAGAGGAGGGGAUAGGGUCAAGCGGGCAGGUUGUUGGGCGGCCGGCCGUCACAAGUCGCAAGAUUUCAUCUGGAGAGAGAUGGGAGAAAGAAGUCAAAGCAUAGGGUAGGGCAGUGUGAGCAGGACCAGCGGUGUCAUUUGACUUAAUAAAUCAGGAUUGGAUGUCGUCAACCUUCUUUUCAAAAUGGUUGACGAAUUCUUCCACAGAGAGGGAUGAGGGAGGGGGAGGAGGAGGGGGAUUCAGCAGGGAGGAGAAGGUGGCAAAGAGCUUCCUAGGGUUAGAGGCAGAGGCUUGAAAUUUAGAGUGGUAGAAAGUGGCUUUAGCAGCGGAAACAGAGGAAGAGAAUGUAGAGAGGAGGGAGUGAAAAGAUGACAGGUCCGCAGGGAGUCUAGUGUGUGGUUUAUAAAAUUUUUAACUUGGUAACGAGCUCAUGUACACCGUUUUUUUUCCUUUUAUGAUAUUGCAUUUAUUUUGUGGUGUUCCUUUCUCGUUAUGCCAUGUUUAUCUUUGUAUCUUGAAUAUUUUUAUCCUCAAGUUUUUUUGAUUGAUCAAUUCCAUAUGGUAAUGAAUUAAGUCGCUUCCUGUGAGAGUUGGGAUACACACCAGUUUGUCUACCCCUAUUCUUUCUCACCCUGAUGAAGGCUGUUGUAGCCGCAAGGCUUCAGUGGUUUUAUUAUUGCCAUGCAUAAGCUACAAUACAUUAAAGGCUCUUUUAUUUUUCCACUACAUGUGAGUGCCUUUAUUACUUCUGGAAGUUUGUUUGCACAAAGGCUGUUCCGGUGUUGUUUACUAUCCAGCAUCAACUUAUUUUUGUUCUAUUAGUUUGAGGUUGCCUGGUGCAAUGGAACCAAUAGAAUAGUCCUAGUAAUCAAACACUCAACGUAUUUGAAAGUAAACAAAUACCAAUUGAAGUGAACCCAGAUCUGCAGGGUACUUACUGACUGAUGAUCUUUCUGAGUUUGUGUGUCCAAUAUCAGUCUGUGAACUAACUUGAAGUGAUCUUUCCUCUGCAGCCCCAGAGAGUGUCCAUCAUGAAGAGUCAACAGAAGAUGGCACCCUCUGCAGGUCAGUGGUACUAGUACUGGACAUUUCCAAUCUGGAUUUGUAUGACUUUCCUACUACUGCAUAUAAAGGUCUAUGUACUGCUGAUAUGGGAUUGACAUUGAGGGCUAUUUCCAGGUGGAAAUGUUGCAUGUGGCACCCUUUAAAAAUAUAGUUUGCACUGAGCUGUUUGAUUAGCCAGCCUAUUCAAACUCCUACUCCAGCUCAGUCUAAGGGCCUAGGAUAGGUUAGCAAGUCUGUAACCUUGUAUGUGCUUGAAUUGUUUAUACAGUGCACUCUAAUUUCAGGGCCCUUGACUUUUUCCACAUUUUGUUACAUUACAGCCUUAUUCUAAAAUUGAUUAAAUUAAAUGUUUCCCUCAUCAAUCUACACAGAAUACCCAUAAUGACAAAGCAAAAAACAGAAAUCCCUUAUUUACAGAAGUAUUCCGACCCUUUGCUAUGAGACUCAAAAUUGAGCUUGGGUGCAUCCUGUUUCCAUUGAUCAUCCUUGAGAUGUUUCUACAACUUGAUUGGAGUCCACCUGUGGUAAAUUCAAUUGAUUGGACAUGAUUUGGUAAGGCACACACGUGUCUAUAUAAGGUCCCACAGUUGACAGUUCGUGUCAGACCAAAAACCUAGCCAAGAGGUCGAAGGUAUUGUCCGUAGAGCUCUGAGACAGGAUUGUGUCGAGGCACAGAUCUGGGGAAGGGUACCAAAACAUUUCUGCAUCAUUGAAGGUCCCCAAGAACACAGUGGCCUCCAUCAUUCUUCAAUGGAAGAAGUUUGGAACCACCAAGAGCUGGUCGCCCUGCCAAACUGAGCAAUCUGGGGAGAAGGGCUUUGGUCAGGAAGGUGACCAAGAAUCCGAUGGUCGCUCUGACAGAGCUCUAAAGUUCCUCUGUGGAAAUGGGAGAACCUUCCAGAAGGACAACCAUCUCUGCAGCACUCUACCAAUUAGGCCUCUAUGGUAGAGUGGCCAGACGGAAGCAACUCCUCAGUAAAAGGCACAUGACAGGUGCUUCAACAAAGGUGCUUCAACAAAGUACUGGGUCUGAAUACUUAUGUAAAUUUGAUAUUUCUGUUUUUUUAUUUUAAAUAAAUUUGCAGACAUUUCUAAAAACCUGUUUUUGCUUUGUCAUUAUGGGGUAUUGUGUGGAGAUUGAGGUAAAAAAAACAAUUGAAUCCAUUUUAGAAUAAGGCUGUAACGUAACAAAAUGUGGAAAAAGUCAAUGGGUUUGAAUACUUUCCGAAUGCACUGUAGGUCCCGUAAGAUCUGUUCAGUUCUCCCCUGAGCCUUCAGCCCUCAACAGCAUCCUGCAGAAUGAAGGGAUCACCUACCCUCUGCAGCCCCAGAGAGUGUCCAUCAUGAAGAGUCAUCAGAAGACUGCAGCCUCUGCAGGUCAGUGGUAGUACUACUGGACACAUCCCAUCUUUGAGCACGUUUUGAAGAACAAAACUUAGAAAUGCCUGCAAUAGCUUAGUACUGCUUCAUUAUCAUAAUGCAAAAACAUUCAUUGUAAGUAAGCUUUAUAGCUUCAAACAGUGCUCAAAAAACCAGUUGUUAAACUAACAAGUAUGUAACCUUGUAUGUGUUCCAGGUCCAGUACGGAGUGUCCAGUUCUCCCCAGACCCCACGGCCCUCAGCAGCAUCCUGCAGAAUGAAGGGGUGACUACUGGGGGACCCCUGGGGGCCACACCACAACGCACCUCUGUCUGCCCCUCUGGCAGGGGCACCUCCAUCUACACUGUGAGUUUAAUAUUUUGAUCGAUAGAUGUAUUUAUUAAAAUUAAUUAUUUGAAAAUGCGUAUAAAGCCACUCCAGCCGGGGUGAAAGCAACUUUAUAUGCAUUUCUAUUAAGAUUUAAAAAAUCAUUACCAUACUAAUGCCUCGUGCCUAUUUCUCAUGUCAUGUCUCCUUAGUGCUGCAUGAAACAGGCAGCCACAGUUUACUGAUGAGUAUAGAGAGGCUUUAGGGAUAUAAACAGAAUAUUCACUGUGGUGCUUUACCUUUCCAGGCUCAGAGAGUACCUGUCACAAAGAGUUGCACUGAAGCACCUGGAGGACCUAUGGGUAAGUUAUACAAAAAUAUAAAUGUAACAAUCUCAAAGAUUUUACUGAGUUACAGUUCAUAGAAGGAAAUCAGUCAAUAAAUUCAUUAGGCCCUAAUCUAUGGAAUUUCACAUGACUGGGUAGGGGUGCAGCCAUGGGUGGGCCUGGGAGGGCAUAGGCCCACCCACUUGGGAGCCAAGUCCACCCACUGGGGGAGUCAGGCCCAGCCAAUCAGAAUGAGUUUUUCCUCACAAAAGGGCUUUAUUACAAAUAGAAAUACUCCUCAACACCCGCCCUCCCCCUCCUCAGACAAUCCCGCAGAUGAAGAAGCAAGAUGGCGUGGUUACACAUGGUCUGCGGUUGUGAGGCCGGUUGGAUGUACUGCCAAAUUCUUUAAAAUGACGUUGGAGGCGGCUUAUGGUUGAGAAAUUAACAUUAAAUUAUCUGGCAUCAGCUCUAUUGGACAUUCCUGCAGUCAGCAUGCCAAUUGCACACUGUGUCAUUAUCUUGUGUGACAAAACUGCACAUUUUAGAGUGGCCUUUUAUUGUCCCCAGCACAAGGUGCACCUGUGUAAUGAUCUUGCUGUUUAAUCAGCUUCUUGAUAUGCCACACCUGUCAGGUGGAUGGAUUAUCUUGGCAAAUGAGAAAUGCUCCUUAACAGGGAUGUAAAUAAUUUUGUGCACAAACUUUGAGAGAAAUACGCUUUUGGUGCGUAUGGACAUUUUCUGGGAUCUUUUUAUUGAAAAACACUUUACAUGUUGCGUUUAUAUUUUUGUUCAGUAUAGUUACAGUGCGUUGGGAAAGUAUUCAGACUUUUUCUACAUUUUGCUACGUUACAACCUUUUCCUCAUGAAUCUACACACAAUAUCCCAUAAUGACAAAGCGAAAACAGUUUUCUAGACAUUUUUGCAAAUGUAUAAAAAUAUAUAUAUAUCUUAUUUGCAUAAGUAUUCAGACCCUUUUGCUCUGAGACUCGAAUUUGAGCACAGGUGCAUCCUGUUUCCAUUGAUCAUUCUUGAGAUGUUUCUACAACUUGAUUGGAGUCCACCUGUGGUAAAUUCAAUUGAUUAGACAUUAUUUGGAAAGGCACCCCUGUCUAUAUAUAAGGUCCCACAGUUGACAGUGCAUGUCCGAGCAAAAAUCAAGCCAUGAGGUCGAAGGAAUUGUCCGUAGAGCUCGGAGACAGUGUCGAGGCACAGAUCUGGGAAGGGUACCAAAACAUUUCUGCAGUAUUGAAGGUCCCCAAGUACACAGUGGCCUCCAUUCUUAAAUGGACAAAUGUAUGGUCACUCUGACAGAGCUCCAGAGUUCCUCUGUGGAGAUUAGAGAACCUUCCAGAAGGACAACCAUCUCUGCAGCACUCCACCAAUCAGGCCUUUAUGGUAGAGUGGCCAGACGGAUGCCACUCCUCAGUAAAAGGCACAUGACAGCCCGCUUGGAGUUUGCUAAAAGGCUCCUAAAGGACUCUGACCAUGAGGAAGAAGAUUAUCUGGUCUGAUGAAACCAAGAUUGAACUCUUUGGCCUGAAUGCCAAGCAUCAAGUCUGGAAGAAACCUGGCACCAUCCCUACGGUGAAGCAUGGUGGUGGCAGCAUCAUGCUGUGGGGAUGUUUUUCAGCGGCAGGGACUGGGAGACUAGUCAGGAUCGAGGGAAAGAUGAACGGAGCAAAGUACAGAGAGAUCCUUGAUGAAAACCUGCUCCAGAAUCGCUCAGGACCUCCGACUAGGUCGAAGGUUCACCUUCCAACAGGACAACAACCCUUAGCACAUAGCCAAGACAACGCAGGAGUGGCUUCGGGACAAGUCUCUGAAUGUCCUUGAGUGGCCCAGCCAGAGCCCAGACUUGAACCUGAUCUAACAUCAAUGGAGAGACCCGAAAAUAGCUGUGCAGCGACGCUCCCCAUCCAACCUGACAGAGCAUGAGAUGAUCUGAAGAGAAGAAAGGGAGAAACUCCCCAAAAACAGGUGUGCAAAACAGGUGUGCAAAGCAUACACAAGAAGACUCAAGGCUGUAAUUGCUGCCAAAGGUGCUUCAACAAAGUACUGAGUAAAGUGUCUGAAUACUUAGUAUGUGUCUGGGUUUUUAAAAAAUACAUUUGCAAACAUUUCUACAAACCUGUUUUUGCUUUGUCAUUAUGGGGUAUUGUGAGUAGAUUGAUGAGGGGAAAAAUACUAUUUAAUCAAUUUUAGAAUAUGGUUGUAACAUAAUAAAAUGUGGAAAAAGUGAAGGGGUCUGAAUACUUUCCGAAUCUCAACCAGAUAUUCACCUGUUUUUCCCUCUCAUCUUGGGUCUGUGUUACUCAGGGGCCUUGAGGGAGACAUUUAUUUGCUACGACUGUAAUAUGUGGUUGUCUUACCCAGCUAUCUUAAGAUGAAUGCACCUAAUUGUAAGUCGCUCUGGAUAAGAGUGUCUGCUAAAUGACAAAAAUGUAAAUGUAAAAAUUGUAUGAUGUCUGUCUUAUAACUUCUACAUACCUGGUUUGAGGAGUUGGCGAGGUAACUUUGGUCAACCGGUACCACGAAAUUGGCUCACCUUUUAGCCAGGUACAUUUCUAUGCCAACAAAUCCUUCAUAACUAACUUGCUCCAGGGCAGGCUAACUCCAUUAAUCCUGAAUGAAGUGUGAGCAGCCAGUUGAGGACCAAUGAAAUCCAAUUCCCUCCCUAUCGCAAAGAUUGCUUCAUCACAUUUAGUAAUGACAGAAUGCAUUUGAAUCUUCACGGACAGUAAAACUUUUGUAUGACUUAAGUUAGAGGCCUGCUACAGUUAGCAGCCCUCUGAGGGGUAUCCUACGAAGCAGGCUAGCUCUACUGAGGGUUUUCUAAAGCUAACCAGCUUGUUAGUUUCACAUUCCAGCUCAGGCUUCAUCCUUACUACGACGGUGGACAUUGCUCAUCCGCCUGUCGCUAACUCUAGCAGGCUUGUAGCUGCGCGUGCAUGUUGCACAUGGCUAGUCGAACACCAAACUCUUUAUUGAGACAAUGCUGAAAAUUUGUGCCGAAAUCAAAAUGAAAGAAAAUGUAUCUUGCAAAUCCAGCAGGUUAUGGUGUCAAAUAAGCUUUUAGAAGUGCCAUCUUUUAUUUUAUUACUUAUCGUUAAUGCCGUCUUUGGUGUGGUUAUCAAUGCACAAGCACCUUUUUUUCCCACUCCUAUCAAUAUUUGUAUUUCAUUGUCAUACAAAAGUGUUACAUUGCGUGAAGUUUAAAAUAUAUUCUGUCAUUACUAAAUGUGUAAUGUGAUAUAUUUUAACAUUAAUAUUUGAGUAAUAAAAUAUUGAAAAAUGUGUCUUCCUCAAGUGAAGGGGAUGAUGGACACAAUCUUUGCAAGAGGGAGGGAAUCUGAUUUCAUUGGUCUUCAACUCACAUUUUAUUAGGGUAAGUAGAUUUUAGUUAGCCUGCCCCGGAGCAAGUUAGUUCUGAAGGAUUUGUUUUUCCAUAGAACUGUACCUGGCUAAAAGGUGAGCCGCUAUCAUAAGACCGAUUUAUCCUGAGUUGAACUCUGAGUUUACCAAAGUUACCUCGCUAACUCCUCAAACCUGCUUCGUAGGAUACCCCUCUGCUCUGUCUCUGUGUUAUGACGUGGUCUGUCGAUAUGAUCUUUCUGUCUCCUCAGUGAUGCCAGUCGGCCAGAAGUGGACACCCCAGCGGGUCCCUGACACCAGGCAUCAGCCCAUGUCCAUGGUAAGUACGUUACAGUACACCCUCACUCUUAUGUCCAUGGUCUGUAUGUCGUUUUUGUAAAAAAAUGUUUACUGUCAACUCCAAAGUGACACAUUCUCAGUAUAUGUUGCCCAUGGUGGAAUCAAACCCACAACCCUGAUAUUGCCAGCACCAUGGAUGCUCUAACUCACUGAGCCAUCCUUCUUUCAGAGGAGGCACCUGUCUGCCCACCGGACCCCCUACGCAUGCUCUCCUAGACUCUGGGGCCUCCAGGGCCACACCCGAGAUCUGGAGACACACAAGGAGGUGAGGAGGAAAGCUUACUAAUGGAAUAUACAUCAUACACCACAUGAUUGAAUUAGGCUGGUAACGUGUAUUUCAUAAUGUAGAGUCAGUUAAGUCAUUGUUUGUGGCAGGAGGUUGUUCAGAGAUUAUUCAAGGAGACGGACCAAGAGGAGGAAUUGUGGAUAGACAACAGGGCGCUGGACAAAGACCCUGCUGAGACCCGAACAGACAAGGACCAAGAGGAGGAGGAAGAGCAAAAUAACACGGGAAGAGGACUCCAGACCUUCUUCCAAGCCCCACACAGGGAAUCUGUCAUUUUCUUCUCAACGGGGAAGAAGCUGCUCAGAGUAGCACAAGAACAGGAGAGCCCUGUGGCUGGAUUUCUGGAGCGAGGUGGGCCACUGGAGCAGUGUUGGCCUGGGCCCAGAGCUUCAGCACAGGGGACUGUCCUCAAGCUCCUGCUCCAUCCAGACAGACCCUCGUCUGGACCAGAAACCCUGUCCAUGGUUGCUACUGCAGCCACAGCAUCAGCCAACCCCUCAGCCUUUGUCCCCCUGAGUCAUCCCAGAGGUAGGACUGCUGAGACAAUUUAACUUUUGAUACUACUUGUAGCAGGGCUGACUCAGUAGAGUGGGCUGAAUCCAUUGAUCGAUAAACAUUUCAUGGUUCCUAUCCCAUUGACGCAAAAAGUGCUUAAUAAAUACAUUUGAUUGACUGACCUCGGUCCUCUGAAUGUCUAACCAGUAACCCGUGUCAUUGCAGGUAGUAUCAUCAUCCCAAAGAGCGGCGCUCUGAGUUCUGCCGCAGCCUUGCUCCGCCGGCGCCUCCCCCCCCUGGAGGAGCUACGUCUGGAUGAGGAGGUGGCUACCUACACCUCCUCCCCAGCCCCUCCCUGCUCCUCCAUCGCCACCAUCUCCUGUCCCCUGCAGACCCGCUGUGGAAACCCUGUAGCAGCAGCCCUGUAUCUGCAGGACUACACUGUGAGUUGGGUAUCAUCGUUUAAUUUACAUAUUAGUCCUAUAGGCAUUUAUCCCCUCUAUAGCCUCGGUUUCUAGGAUUCCUCCAGAGUGAUGAACAAGACUUUGGAAGGAUGGCAUCGUGAGGUUAUCCUACCUAUUGAUGAAGAUUCAUGUUCAUUGUCCAAUAAUCAGAAGAGCAUCAUUGAUCAUGUUUCAAAGUAAAUUGAUACUCUUUUCCUGUUCUUCCCUUCUCCCCUUCAGAGUUUUCGGUCAAUCAUCUUGGACCCCUCGUCUGCUCCUUCCUCCCCCUGCUCCUCUCCUCUACAGGAGAGAUGA